AUGCUUCCCCGUAAUGCCCAAUUCACGGUUUCUGGAAAGCCAAUGGCACCCUCAAAGUGCCAAAAGUGUCUUCAGGAUGGCCAUUGGACUUAUGAAUGCACCGUAGCACCACAUUACUCAUAUAGACCGUCUCGCUCUGCAAUCUUGAAAGACCCAUCUCUUAAACCCGAACUACUUCAUCCUCCGGAAUUUCAUCCAAAGACCUGUGAACCUUGCGAUGAAUUGCCAUUUCGUGAAAUUGAACAGCAGGAGGAAGAAAAAAAAGACCCCAAUAUUGAGGAGCCAAAGCCUUUUGAUAUAAAUUCGGGGAACUUGCAAGCAAAUACCGAAUCAGACCCAGCAUCACAAAAUACCGUGCAGUCUGGGACCUCUCUUCCAUCAAGAAAUGAUACGUAUCCGGGGUCUGUAUUUAUCCAUCAGGAAGAGCAAGAAAGCCCCGAGGCACACCGACCUAAUCAUCUUCAAGAAAAUAACUACAAAGGGCAUAAUAUUGAAGGUGCUCAAAGAGAGGCGCCACACUACAAGGUUUCUUCAGGCAAAGAAAAGAAUGCAGCUGAUAAAAUGGAAGAUUCAAAAAACGAGGCUGGCAAAAACCGCAGCGAGGAUCGUUACAAUGGCCGCUCCCGAAGCAGAGACGAAGGUCAUUAUAGCGGCAGAGCUAUAAAUAGAGAUCAGGAUCACCGCAAUGAUAGAGCCAAAUAUGAGUAUCGUCACAAUGAUAGAGCCAGAGAUGAUUCUCCAAGAAGAAAAAGGACAUUUGAACAAAAAAGAACAGAGAGUAGUUAUGUAAGAGACACAGGAAGCCAAUCUGAUAUGCUCAAGCGGAAAAGUAGCUACUCAAAUCAAGUAAAAGGAGAUUUUGAGGAAAAAAAUUACAGCAGAUUUCGAGCAGAUACUUUGAAAGAUACAAACAAUGAAGCCUUUCCUAAGGAAGAUUAUUUUGCACACUCAAAGCAGAAAAGUUUUGCAGAUCAAAAUAGGCAUCCAGGGAAACCAACGGAUCAGAACUCAAGACGUGAGGUGCUUGACUCCAUGCCUUCACGCUACCAGCGGGAACAACAGAACGUCGAACAUGCUGGGACAAAAGGCUGUGAACCACUAUCCCCACCAUCCCCCUGUUCAUCCUCCUCAUAUCUUUCUUCGUCAUCUCUUGAUUCGGAUAAUUAA